CAGGAGCGUUCCCUUCUGGGGCGGGAACCAUGGGCCCGCAAUUCCUGCCGAUCCGCUAUCGGCCGGUGCGAUGCACUAAAAUUAUUUUCUUAACCAAACAUUUGUAAGCGUCUGUGCACUGUACGCACAUUUGGCCAGCGACACGCUCACUGGGGACCGCGCCGUGUGCCCGUGUCGCCCAAAGGCCUGCUUAACUUACAUGAGCAUCGCCACAACUACUGUCAGAGUAUAAAAUAGCAAUUCCCAUACUACUCUGUGACCUUGAACAGCGUUUGGAAGUUUGCCAUCCUGCAUCUGCUCUUCGCCUUGCUGGGCACGGCUGACGCCGCGAUAGAAUCUGUAAUCUCACACAUACGUUUCAAUCUAGAGAGACUGUAGGGCACAGGUGGCGUGUCAGCGGCGUGGCGUGGCGCUCUACCAGACCAGCGCUGCGCCGCGUCGGCGGUCGGGUGGAGUCGGACUCUGCACCCCCGCGCCUGCGACAUGCUGCACCGCAUUGUGCAGGACCCCCAACUGAACGCGAAGGCCUGGUAUGUCUUCUAUUUCGCCAGCAUUGUGUCGGUGGGCCCCUUCCUCAAUGUCUUUUAUGCCAUGGACCGGGGACUGGGCAAGGAGCAGGUGGGGCUCAUCGGCGCGCUGCGGCCCUGGGUGAGCGCGCCCGCCGCGUUCGCCUGGGCUGCGCUGGCGGACCGGCUGCACGCCCACCAGGCCGUGCUGCUGGUCACCUUCGUGGGCUCCACGGCGGUCCGGCUGCUGCUGCUGCUGCCGCGCGACUUCGGCGGGCUGCUGGCGGUGACGCUGCUGGCGGAGGUGCUGUCGGCGCCGGUGGGCGUCAUGGCGGACGCAGCCGUCAUGAACGUGUGCGACAAGGAGUCUGACUACGGCAAGUUCCGGCUGUGGGGCGCGGUGGGCUGGGGCGCCUUCUCCACGCCCGCCGGCUGGAUCAUCACCCGCCUGGGCAUCCAGUGGGCCUUCUACACAAACACAAUCAUGUCACUGCCAUGCAUCUACUUUGGAGCCAGGCUGAAGCACAGCCAGCAGCAGCCGGCGGCGCGGAAGACCGCGCACAGCAGCUCCGGCGGCGCCAGUAGCAGCGACGAGCGUGGCACAGUGCGCGGGAGUAGAGAGCCCGCCGGGGGCACAGCGGCAGGGAAGCAGGAGGAGUCGCUAAUUCCGCUGAAGGCAGACCCCUUGAUAGACGUGGCAAUCACGCACCGGAGUGCUACCCAGCUUUCUGGCGACGGGGAGGGCCCGGGGCCGGGCGCCAGUGCAGGCGAUGGCGGGGAGCGGGGGCUGACUAGUAAGAACGGCGCGGCCGCGGCCGACAGCGCCGGGCACUGGCGGCGGCUGUGGGUGCUGGUGCGGCGGCCGGAGGUGGCUGUGUUCUUCGUGACGGCCAUGACCAUGGGCUACGGCUUCGGCACGAUAGACUCCUUCCUGUUCCUGUACCUGCGACAAAUGGGCGCCUCUGAGACCCUGAUGGGCCUCACACUCACGAUCACAUGCGCCGCCGAGGUGCCCGCCUUCCAGCUGCAAGACCGGCUGCUGGACCGCUGGGGCGUCACGGCCGUGUUGGACCUGACCAUGCUCGUGUAUGCUCUGCGGCUGGCCCUGUACGCGCUGCUGCCGUACGCGGGCAGUGUGCUGUGGGUGCUGCCCGUGGAGGUACUGCACGGCGUCACCUUCGCGUGCGGCUGGGGCGCGGGCACCGUCAACUGCAAGACGCUGGCGCCGCCGGGGCUGGCGGCGACCAUGCAGGGCGCAUUUCAGGGGCUCUACUUUGGCGCGGGUUACGGACUCGGCUCGCUCGUGGGCGGCUGGGUGGGCGGGCGGCUGGGCUGGCAGCUCAUGUUUGCGACGGCAGCCAGUGUCAUGUUUGGGCUGUGGCUGUGUGUGCGGCUGGCGCGGUGGGUGCUGGGCGUAUCGCUGUCGGGCCGGCUGGCCGCCAGUGGGUACGUGGAGCUCUCCAAUUUGGCUGUGGCAUGAUGAUGGGGGCCGUGUCGUAUGGGGUUUGACACGCACUCGUGGCACGCUCGUGGCACGCCCCGUGUGUGGGCACGAGAUUGAGAGCGGUGGCGGAGGGAGUGACGGGGCCAGCGGGUGGGCAGGAGGCCGGAGGGGACGAUUGCGGAUGUAGGCAAACUGCGCACGGGUGCCGGUAUCACACGGACGGGGUAUGCACAUUGAUGAGCUUCACAUGGUCGCAUGGUGGGCGAUGGGCAAUGGGCUGAUUGGUGAGUAACAGUGUCGCAUUCCCAUUGUGGAGGGCCAGGCAUGUUGUGGGCACUGGAGAGGAGGCAGCAAGGCGGGAGCCGCUUUGCGUGCGUAGGCUUUGGCGGCGCCAUGGAAUCCUAGGCUUGGCGAUUUGCAACCUUGAACGCCACCUAAAUGGGAUUGCAGGGUGGAAGAGGCUGGGGGAAUGAGGACUGGAGCAGGAGGUUAUAGACUUGUAGUGAUGGAUGGGCAGGGCAGCACAAGACUGGGGGAAAAGGGUCCCUGCAUGUGCUUGGCGCCUGCCACGUCCCCCGCAUUCCCGAAUGGCUCAAUCCCGA